AUGCCCAGCCCGGUGGUUCCGAUGACUACAACGGUCGUCGAAGGCUGUCCUAUAACGCCCACACCGAAUGCGAACGCGGUGGUUGACAACAAUGGUAUGGGCGAACAACAAGGGGGACCCGAAGGUGGCCCUCCCGACGCGGGCGACGCGGGCAACGCGGACACUCCACCAAUGACGACCCUCACAAUCCCGUGCGCGGAAUCAAUCUCCUCGCUUGAAGCAUCAGUCACUGCAUGGUCUGCCGCGUCUGCGGUGUCUGCCAGCGCCAAUACCAACACCAACCACCACGCCCCAAUCCCAUAUACUUUCCCCAUUUCCUUCCCGAUGACCUCCUCCGCGGCGGCAGGGCCAGGCAAACUGACUCUGAACCUCGUGGUCGCGACCGCGCCGUUCAAUUUCUCUGUUCCGCCAGUCCCCGCGCCGUCGGCCCGGAACGCCACCACGAACGCGACAUGGCAGGGGGGGAUCAAGAGUAUGACUGUCGUGCCCGUUGCUUUGACCGCCAUGAAUACAGGAGCGGGGGGUGCAUCGGGUGUCGCGCCCAACGCUACAUCUGGGGCCGGCGCGAGCGUUCCCGUCCAGGGCGCCAAGUCGGGUGCUUGGUCGAUACGCGGUGGGAGAAAGAAUGGUAUAAGGAUCGGGACUGGUAUUCCGUCGAUUUAUGCGCUCGUCGCUUCCUGGGCGGUUAUGCCGUUGUUGGUAUCGUUGUUGAUGUUGUUGGUAUCAUUGGUGGUGGUGACAUUGUGA